UAGUUCUCUGGGCAACAUGCCUUUCAAUUGCUUCAUGUGCAAACAUAACUCAGUAAUUAAAGCUUGGAUAAGAAUUAGCCAAAAAAAAUCAAAAGCAUGAAACAGCUGAGCCCUAUUUUAAGAAUUCAAAGCCAGACGUCGGGAUUGUACAAAGAAUUUGAAAGUUUGAUGUUAUAUGUAUUAUUGUCUGUGUUUCGUGCUAGUGGUAGUAUCAGAAGCUAGCAGUAUUUCCGCCAAUCACCUUCAAAAUGAGUGAAGAAUUGAGCAAAGAGCAAAUUGCUUUACUUAAAAAUGCUUUCGAUACAUUUGACGUCGAAAAAAAGGGAAGCAUCGGUACAGUUAUGAUUGGAACAAUUCUUGGAAUGCUAGGGAUUCAAACUACUGAUAAAAUGCUGAAAGAAAUUAUUGACGAAGUCGACGAAGAUGGUUCUGGGGAACUUGAAUUUGAAGAAUUUAUUAUUUUGGCUUCAAGGUUCAUGGUUGAAGAAGAUGCUGAAGCACUUCAAUCUGAACUAAAAGAGGCAUUCCGUUUGUAUGACAAAGAAGGCAACGGUUACAUAUCAACUGAUGUUUUAAAAGAAAUAAUUAAAGAGCUUGAUGACAAAAUAACGCCCGAUGAGCUGGAAGGAAUGAUAAAGGAAAUUGAUUCUGAUGGAUCCGGAACUGUAGAUUUUGACGAAUUUAUGGAAGUGAUGACAGGCGGUGACGACUAA